AUGAACAAAACGCGAUGCGAAAUCGCGCUCGACCUUUCCUUGCGCGCGGUAGAGCACGAUCUCGACGGCGACGACGCUUUGGCGUGCAAACUGUACAAAGACGCGUCGCGAGCUUUGGAAGAUGCCAUCGCCCACGCGAGGAAUGGGGAGACAUCUUCGAUGGAGGAAAACGACAUCGAGCAGAUGCAGAGGAAAGUGAAGGAGUACAGAGAAAGAGCGGAGACGUUGAGUAAUCGUAGUAAAGGAGGAGGAGGAGGUGAGGAUGAUGAUACGAAAACGAACAUCGUCGCCGGUGCCGCAGCAGCCGGGGCGAUGAUUGGAUUUGCGACGAUGGGCCCUUUCGGUGCGAUAGGCUGGGCGUCUUCGAUGGCGUACGCGUCGACGAGAAAAAAAGGAAUCGCAUCGAGCGUAUCAAAAAUAAGCGGCUCCGCGGUGAUUAACACGAUGGAACGAGCGAAAUCGCUCAACCGGAGGUAUAAAAUCGACGAGAAAGUGAAAGAGAACGGGAAGAUUGCGUUGGAGAAAGCGAAACAUUUUUGA